AUGCCCAGGGAUGAAGGUGAACAUCAUUUCCUGGCGGACAAAGAUAGCCCCAAUGGGCUGGACUCCCAGCCCCUUCUUCCAGGGCCACCCGUCGAAGACCACGAAACUACAAACCAUGCGAAUCCCGCCAGCGCGACCCGCCACGGACAGCCGCACCACUCCUCUAUAUCGCAGCCGGUCCCAGAGGGACAACGACGCACCCCUCGGACCAUGAAUCGCGUUCGUUUCGACCUGGAGGAUGAAUCGGAGGAAGAGCGUCACUCGGAACAUCAUUCUCGCGACUCAGACGAUAUCUCAUGGCUCGAAGAAGAGGACUUUGGCCGCGGCGAUGGCAGGCAGCGCCAGAUGGUUCCUUUGUUGACGGAUAUCGAGGCCCCGAGUGUCACACUCGCGACGUCUGAUGAGUUCUUCCCUGAAGAACACCUGGAAAGUGCCCGCCCAAGGAGCGGGAUGCGCAUGGCCUUCAUGAAUAUGGCCAACAGCAUCAUUGGAGCUGGCAUCAUAGGACAGCCUUAUGCGCUCCGCCAGGCAGGAUUGACGAUGGGAUUAGUGCUUCUCGUUGGGCUUACGGUUGCGGUAGACUGGACAAUUCGACUUAUAGUGGUCAAUUCGAAGCUGAGCGGAGCAGACUCGUUCCAGGCGACCAUGCAGCAUUGCUUUGGCAAGAGCGGACUUAUCGCUAUCUCCGUUGCUCAAUGGGCAUUCGCUUUUGGUGGAAUGAUCGCGUUCUGCAUCAUCGUUGGGGAUACUAUACCACAUGUCUUGGGUGCCUUAUUCCCUUCGCUUCGUGACAUGUCCUUUCUCUGGCUACUGACUGAUAGACGGGCCAUCAUCGUGCUCCUUGUUCUGGGCAUUUCAUACCCGUUAUCUCUGUACAGGGACAUUGCUAAGCUGGCGAAAGCAUCCGCGCUGGCCUUGAUUAGUAUGAUCAUAAUCGUGGUUGCUGUGAUCACGCAAGGCUUUAGAGUGCCUUCUGAGUCACGUGGGGACGUGAAAAGUCUAUUGUUUGUCAAUUCAGGCUUUUUCCAGGCUGUUGGGGUGAUAUCAUUUGCAUUUGUUUGCCACCAUAACAGCCUUUUGAUCUAUGGCUCGCUCAAGAAACCAACACUGGAUCGUUUCGCAAAAGUGACGCACUAUUCUACUGCAGUCUCGCUUCUGACAUGCUUAGCCAUGGGUGUUUCCGGAUUCUUGUUCUUUGGGUCGCAAACUCAAGGCAAUGUGCUCAACAAUUUCCCGUCGGAUAACAUCUUGAUCAACAUAGCAAGGCUUUGCUUCGGCCUGAACAUGCUUACAACUCUCCCGUUAGAGGCAUUCGUAUGCCGAUCGGUCAUGACAACAUACUACUUCCCUGAUGAGCCCUUCAAUAUGAACCGGCACUUGAUCUUUACCUCUGCCCUGGUUAUUACUGCGGUUGCCAUGGCUCUUAUCACGUGUGACCUAGGGGCAGUUUUCGAGUUGAUCGGCGCAACGAGCGCAGCAGCAUUGGCUUAUAUCUUUCCUCCUCUGUGCUACAUUAAGCUGAGCAAUGUCUCCCACAAAGCUAAGAUACCUGCAUAUCUAUGUAUUGUCUUCGGAGUUGUCGUUAUGGGAGUUAGUCUGCUGCAAGCAGUCGCGAAAAUGAUAAGUAAUGAAGGCGGCGCCAGCACUUGUGGUGCCUAGGCAAAGUGCUGUUGGGGACAGCUUAUAUUGUGCAACGAUUAUUUUUCCUUCACCCAUGUCAUAUAAUCGAUAGACUUUUCCAGUUCUUUCGUUCACAACUGAUGUACAUAGAGAAGUGUAUGAUCGAGAAGAACAACGCCGUCCAGGGCUAUAUUGAGAAGUGUCCGGCUUUCAAGUGAGGAGUGAGAAAGCGUCUUUGCUAUGAGAGC